AUGGACACAUGGCAGGCUUACAUUGAUCAUCCCACUGGUUCUCGCCUAGGACUUUACAGUGCUGUCCCCGGUCUCGGUGGCCUGGCUGUUCUGCCCAUAGCGCCCUAUCUUGCAGAUAUCCUCGGACGCAAGAUUGGAACCGCCGUUGGCUGCUCAAUGAUUGUCGCCAGCACAUUGAUGCAGGCCUUGACACGAUCGCAUCCCCACAGCAGCCGCGAUGCGCUCUUACUGAUCGGUCGUAUCCUAAUGGGUGCUGGAAGCAACGUUGCGAAUGUCACCGCUCCUCUCCUCAUCACUGAAGCCAUCAUCGCAGCAUGGACCUGCUUCGGGACCCUCAACAAUCUGUCUGGCGAUCUGCAGUGGCGUCUUCCUAUGGGCCUUCAGUGCCUCAUGCCUGGCAUUCUGCUCAUCGUAAUCUGGUUCAUCCCCGAGAGCCCUCGAUGGCUAAUUAGCAAGGAAAGACACGAGGACGCGCGCAAGGUGCUUGUCAAGUACCACGGAAACGGCGACGAAAACGAUGCUUUUGUGCGCUGGGAACUGGCUGACAUCUCCAACACUCUUCAGCUCGAGCGUAGCGCCGCGGCCAAUAACGGGUGGAAGGAGCUGGUGCGCACCAAGGGCAACCGCAAGCGAUGCUAUCUCAUCCUUGCCACAGCUUUCUUCUCGCAGUGCAGCGGCAACGGUUUGGUUUCGUACUAUCUUUCUGUGAUUCUCAACAGCAUUGGUAUCGAAGAGUCAAGUGCCAUCACCCAGUCCUAUAUCAACGGCGGCUUGACCAUUUGGUGCUGGCUUGUCUCCCUUUUCGCCGCCUGCUUCGUUGACCGCCUCGGCCGCCGCUCCCUCUUUCUUUUUGCCGGCAUCGGCAUGCUCCUUUCCUUCUCCGUCUGGACUGCCUGCAGCGCGGUAUACGAGCAGACGGGCUCGAAGCCUGCCGGCACCGCCGUCGUCGCCAUGAUCUUUGUCUUCUAUGGCGUUGCCGGUGCUGCUUGGCCCGGCCUGACCGUCAGCUACACCGUCGAAAUUCUGCCUUAUAACAUCCGGGCCAAGGGUCUCAUGCUCUGCUUCUUCGGCACCUCGGUCGCAGGCGUGUUCAACCAAUGGGUCAACCCACUUGGUCUCGAGGCUCUAGCGUGGAAGUUUUACUGUGUGUACAUUGCUGUCUUGGUCAUUGAGGUUCUCGUCAUUUACUUCUUCUUCGUGGAAACUAAGGGACCUACCCUCGAGGAGAUGGCCAUUCUUUUCGAUGGCCCAGAGUCUGCGGCUGCCUAUGGUCGGGCAGAGGCGCAUGCGAAGCUGCAGGUCACGCAACAGGAGCAGAAGGACGAGAAGGCUGGAUUGCAAAUUUGCGCCAUGUGUUGUGCAAGCCCGGCUAAAAAUGCAGCAUGGGAAGAGAAUGGUGUUCACUAG